AUGCUCUUCCUGACAGAGGCGGCUGUGCACUUGGUGCGCGAAGUGCUACAUGUACUUGACAGCUUUGGGCUGGACCGGCGCGAGGUGAUCAUCGUCGGCAGGAUACAAGGUGCUGAUGUCAAAGGUGUCGGCACAUCGUCUGUCAUGUCACACUUGGAUGCCGCGGCUCUUGCAUUUCAGGAGCAGUCGUCUGAGGAUGAUGUCGAAGUCUGGCAGCAAUUCGAGGCCUCCAUGCGAGGCGUUGUGAGUGCAGUUGGCGUGAGUGAGAUGCCACCUGAGCGAAUGAAGACAUUCCUAUUGCGAGGAAGCCGACCAGAGUUUGUGCAGACAACAUUCACGGUCUACGAGCCUGGUGGUCCGGACGAGGCUCGUCGGCAAAGCUCCCAGAUGGAGGAGCUGCUUGCAGCCAGCAUCGUCACGAUGGGCUCCGGACUCUCCCAGGGGGGAGGGUGUGGCUAUCUACGACCUCUGGAUGAUCCACACAUCUCUGCGGUUGCCUUGCGAGCUAAUCGCAGCUGUGCGCAGGUUAUCGACAGAUGGUUCAUGCAGCUGGGUGGGGUCGUGCUUGUGAAUGCAACACAGAGGAGCGAGUUCUUGGAGCACGUGGCCUCAUUGGAAUUUGCUUUGGGCGAGGCAGAGAUGAGGAAAAUUAAUGGGCUUAGCAGCCUCGUGGCCUCUUCCCCCGGUCGUCGAGCCCCUGCGUGGUGUGAGGACAGAGCAGAUUAA